UAUAUGUAUAUAUAUAUAUAUAUAAAAGAUUAAGGCACAUUUAUCAUCAAAUCAGUGACGAGUUUUUUUACUUUACAUUCACAAUUAUUGAUUUUUAUGAUAUACCUUAAUCCUCGGUACUCAAAAGCUGAUUAAAGCUCCGAUGCCUAGUGUCAAAGAUGAAUCAGAGCCAGAAGGAGAAGAAAUGUCUCAUGAUAGCAACGAUAGUAAUCAAAGCUCUGCGUCUUGUGAUAGUAGUGCAGAACAUAGUGAUAGCGAUGAUUCUUCAGAGAUGGAUGAAGAUGAAUGUGAAAGAAGACGAAACGAGUGUAUGGAGAAUUUAGUUGAUUUAGAAAGACAAUUUACGUUACUUAAAGAACAAUUGUAUCGCGAAAGAAUAACGCAAGUUGAUACCAAACUAGGAGAAGUAAGAGUUGGUAAAUCGGAAGAAUAUUUAAUACCUUUGGAACGUUUAAAAGAAAAUAUGAAGACCAAAACUGAAGUAGCUGGAAUAUUGAAACAAUACAGAUUACAGAAUAUACAAAAUAAAUUUUUAGCUGAAGAACAGGCAGCUUUACAAAAUUUUGAGAGUGAAAAAGAAUUGAUUUGGGACUGUAUACAUAAUGAUCUUCAAGAGAAAAUUCGUAGAUUGGAAGAGGAUAGAAAUAAUGUUGAUAUUCAUGCAGAUUUAUGGUUAAAUUCAACCGGUAGAAGACGUAGAAAUCAUACAGAGAGAAGGAGAGCAGUUUCUGUAGCAGGACCGUAUAUCGUUUAUAUGCUUAAUGAUGCUGAUAUUUUAGAAGAUUGGGCCUUGAUAAAAAAGAGUCUGAGUAGUCGAAAAACUGAAAUAAUUUAAGACACAAAGUUAACUGUGGCAACAGUCACUUCUCAUGCACUUCAUCAUUUUGAGUUUCCACAUUUAUGAUACUGUGCCUUUAAGUGCAAUGAACUAAACGAGCAUUAAGAACUCCUUUGCAUUGUGAAAAACUGUUAUGCACAAUGAGUGGUUAAGGUGUAAAUCUAAUAUAAAAAUCUUUAAACUGUAAUAAUGCUUAUGCUUUUCGAAAAGAAGCAUACGAAUUCAAAGGAUUUUACCAAUAUCGCGUCUAAAUUUUAUAUUGUAAAAUAAUAAAGACAUUUAAACUAA